CCGUCACGUCACGCGAGAGCGCAGCGCACGGACACACACAAAGAGAGGGGAAAAUACACGGCGCCCGCCCGCCGCCCCCAGCAACUCCCCGGGCCGCCCCGGCCAGGCCCUCCGCGCGCGGCCCCCACUCCUCAGUCCUGCGAUCCCCCGCACCCCACGUGGCGCCCAAACUCGGCGCGGGCCCGCUCAGCAAAGUACAGAACUCGUGUCCCAGUGGAAUAGAAGAUGAACUCAACUGAAUUCAGUGAAGAUGUAGAAGAAGUUCUAAAAAACAGCACUGUGAAGGUGGAGACAGAGGCUGAAGAUGCUGCGCUGGACUGCUCGGUGAAUUCCAGGUCUUCAGAGAAACACCCUCUGGACAGUGUCUUCAUCACCCUCCAGGACUCCAGCAAGCGAAAGCAGCCGAGCAGCAGUGAGGGCCAGCCAGACUCUGCCCCCAGCGUGAAGAGGCGGCGGCUGAUCCCUGAGGCGCUCCUAGCAGGCAUGCGGAACCGGGAGAACAGCUCGCCCUGCCAGGGCAACGGGGAGCAGGCCAGCAGGGGCAAGAACUUGGUCAACAUGUGGCCCGGUGAGGAGGAGCCCUGCAAUGACGUGACCACCCCCUCCUACAAGAAGCCUCUGUAUGGCAUCUCGCACAAGAUCAUGGAGAAGAAGAACCCCCCCGCGGGGGACGUGCUCAGCACAUACGAGCUCUUGGAGAAGGCAAACUCCAGCAACAGCCCCUCACCGCUUCGGCUCCUAAACGAGCCACAGAAACGGGAGUGUGGCAGUGCGGCCACAGCCACCGAAGGCGACCCCAACAUCUACUUCCUGAUCCAGAAGAUGUUUUACAUGCUCAACACACUGUCCUCCAACAUGUCGCAGCUGCACAGCAAGGUAGACCUGCUGUCCCUGGAAGUGAGCCGCAUCAAGAAGCAGGUGAGCCCCAGCGAGAUGGUGGCUAAGUUCCAGCCGCCCCCCGAGUACCAGCUCACGGCAGCCGAGCUCAAGCAGAUCGUGGACCAGAGCCUGUCGGGCGGGGACCUGGCCUGCCGCCUGCUGGUGCAGCUCUUCCCCGAGCUCUUUAGCGACGUGGACUUCUCCCGCGGCUGCAGUGCCUGCGGCUUUGCGGCCAAGCGGAAGCUGGAGUCUCUGCAUCUGCAGCUCAUCCGCAACUACGUGGAGGUGUACUACCCCUCGGUGAAGGACACGGCUGUGUGGCAGGCUGAGUGCCUGCCCCAGCUGAACGACUUCUUCAGCCGCUUCUGGGCCCAGCGGGAAAUGGAGGACAGCCAGCCGGGGGGCCAAGUCGCCAGCUUCUUUGAGACCGAGCAGGUGGACCCUGGCCACUUCCUGGACAACAAAGACCAGGAGGAGGCCCUGUCUCUCGACCGGAGCAGCACCAUCGCCUCGGACCAUGUGGUAGACACCCAGGACCUCACCGAGUUCCUGGACGAAGCCUCGUCGCCCGGCGAGUUUGCCGUCUUCCUUCUGCACCGGCUCUUCCCGGAGCUCUUUGACCACCGGAAGCUGGGUGAGCAGCACAGCUGCUAUGGGGAUGGCGGCAAGCAGGAGCUGGACCCGCAGAGGCUGCAGAUCAUCCGCAACUACACGGAGAUCUACUUCCCCGACAUGCAGGAGGAGGAGGCCUGGCUGCAGCAGUGCGCCCAGCGCAUCAACGAUGAGCUUGAGGGCCUGGGCCCGGACGGGGGCAGCGAAGGCGAGCCCCCACGGGACGACUGUUACGACUCCUCCAGCCUGCCCGACGACAUCUCCGUGGUCAAGGUGGAAGACAGCUUCGAGGGCGAGCGGCCCGGCCGGCGGUCCAAGAAGAUCUGGCUGGUGCCCAUCGACUUUGACAAGCUGGACAUCCCACAGCCCGACUUCGAGGUGCCAGGCGCCGACUGCCUGCUCAGCAAGGAGCAGCUGCGCAGCAUCUACGAGAGCAGCCUGUCUAUCGGCAACUUCGCCUCGCGCCUGCUGGUGCACCUCUUCCCCGAGCUCUUCACCCAUGAGAACCUGCGCAAGCAGUACAACUGCAGCGGCUCCCUGGGUAAGAAGCAGCUGGAUCCGUCCCGCAUCAAGCUUAUUCGCCACUACGUGCAGCUGCUCUACCCCCGGGCCAAGAACGACCGCGUCUGGACGCUGGAGUUUGUGGGCAAAUUGGACGAACGCUGCCGGCGCCGGGACACGGAGCAGAGGCGCUCCUACCAGCAGCAGCGCAAGGUCCACGUGCCGGGCCCCGAGUGCAGAGACCUGGCAAACUAUGCAAUCAACCCUGAGAGGUUCCGAGAGGAAUUUGAGGGGCCCCCACUGCCCCCCGAGAGAAGCAGCAAGGACUUCUGCAAGAUCCCUCUGGAUGAGCUGGUGGUUCCCUCGCCCGAUUUCCCGGUGCCUUCGCCGUACCUGCUAUCAGACAAGGAGGUGCGCGAGAUCGUGCAGCAGAGCCUCUCGGUGGGCAACUUCGCCGCCCGGCUCCUGGUCAGGCUCUUUCCCGAACUCUUCACGGCCGAGAACCUCCGGUUGCAGUACAACCACUCCGGGGCCUGCAACAAGAAGCAGCUGGACCCCACGCGGCUCAGGCUUAUCCGCCACUAUGUGGAGGCGGUCUACCCCGUGGAGAAGAUGGAGGAGGUGUGGCACUACGAAUGUAUCCCCAGCAUCGAUGAACGGUGCCGCCGCCCCAACAGGAAAAAAUGCGACAUCCUGAAGAAAGCCAAGAAAGUGGAGAAGUAAUGGGCACCCUGGGGCCUGAGCCUUUUGGAGCAUGUGUAUGGUAUCCACAGACAGGCACCUUAUGUCAGUGGGAAGUGGCUUACUACUUUUGCACACGUAGUCACCCACCCAACCACAAGGAAGAUGCCUUGCCUUUGGCCUCUCCUACUUCCGACUUCCGUGCUGAGUUCCCGGUGAUGCAGCCAGUUUGGGGCGGGCCGAGAUGUGAGAGCAGAGAGGCCUUGGGGUGAAGGGUUCUCUACCCUUGGCUGUGUCCUCCCCUUCGCCUCAAUUUGAAACGCAGAUUCAGCAACUCUCUUGUUCCUCUUCCCACAUUUUACAUCUAACAUUUUUAUCAAUUUUUUCUAAUUAAAAAGAAACCCUUUUUAAACAGAUCAUUGGGCUCUUUGGGGGCCAUUUUGCUUAGAAAAAAUUCUUUUACUAUUCGAGUAUUCGAGUUGAAGUACUGUAAAAUGACUUCAGUUGCUGGGAUUCCUUUUUAAGAUGGUUUCAGAUUUAUGAAAUUUUUAGAAGUGCCAUGUUCAUGCAUGAUAGCGGAUAAUAAUAGCUUCAGGUAGCAUAGACUGAUUUUACUGACCUUGUCUUUUAAAUCUGAUUUUGAAAGAGUCAGGAUGUCCCUUGGAUGGCAGUCGAGGGGAUGGAAUAGUGGGACGUUCUGACCAUGGUCGCGUUCUCCCUUCUACUGUCAUGCUGAGGAAGGGGCUUUCACAGCCUGGCCUGUUCAUCGUUGCUUUGUGCUGUCGGUAGAAUGUUGUGCUCACUCUCUGUAGACAAGAACACUGGAUGAUGAUGAUGAUGAUGAUGAUGAUGAUGAUGAUGAUGAUAUGAAUGUAGAUAGACGUGGAAACACGUUCACAAUGUCAUUUGAGCUGUGUCCUUCCACUGCCCCAUUCCCUCUCCACAUGAGGAUGCUGGUUGGAGGGGCAGACAGACACAUUUCCUUGGUAAACAGUCUGUGUGGAUAAUCGGUCUCACGUUUGAUUUAAGGUUGGGUCCCUUUGGGCUCACCAAGAACUGUUUACUUUCUGUGUGUGUAUUUGUACAAAACCCAGGUUCUGGGAGCUGUAUGGUGACUUACCACACCUCAGUGUUAGCUCCUCCAGUCAGUAUGCAUCCUUGUUCCUCACAGCCAGCUCAGACCCUCAGGCCCUCUUGAGGAUACCUGGUAUUGGAAGGACACAGGUCAUCUCAAACGGGGCUUCCAUGUCCCUUUCCAGGGUCCCAUCAGAGCUUUCCCCUCAGACCCUCUAGAAGUACAUUUGGUUCGUCAUGAAUGUACUGUGUUGUAACCAAGGUCCUGCUGUCCAUCUGGCUGGUCCCUUGGCCUCGGGGUGAGAUGUCUCUUCUCUCCCCACUGACUGGUUGGGAAAGUCAAACUGCUUCAGGCCAGUGGUAUAUUCUCCAGGAGUUCCCUCCAGGAAAUUUCCUAACAGUUAAAGUCCUUAAAAACUUUACCUACCUGGCUUUUACCUACCUGACUUUGGGGGCCAAAUGCUUGGGAGGGAAAGGAAAGUCUAACUCAAACUGAACACAUCAUACCAGAAACCUGGAAAAUGAAUGAAUCACACAGGGUAGUCAUAAAACCCUUGUGGCUUAAUGUGUUGCUACCUUAACAUGCAGAAAUAAUAGAAAUAACCUGUGAAUUAUCUUUAUACAGCUGAUAAGGACUUCGGUUCUGGUGGCUGUAUGACAUAAUUUUGCCUGCACCUAGCAGGCUUUUUAUAUAUAUAUCUGAGACAGGAUUUUGAGCAAUGUAAACUUGUUGGUCUAACUUUAGUAAAUUUGCUUUUAAAUGUCAUUUACAGAUUAUUUCUGUUGAAACUACAGACCUAAAUUAUUGAAAUCUAGAAAUGCACAGGGACUUAAUGACUCUCUCACCCACCCACACGCGCACACACAUUUCUUAUUAAAAACUGAAGUGAGAUGAAGGGGACCUACAUGAAUCAGUUCAACCUCUUUGUGCCUGGAAAGAAGGGACUGGAGCAGCCAGGAGGCUCACUUUUCCUCCCCCUACCUGGGUCUUUCUCUAUGCCUUAGCCUGUCAAACACACUAAUAAUGCACACACACGCCCUACCCAAAGAUGGCAGCGGUACUCGCCUGUUGGCCCUGUUGGUUGGAGGGGGCCGUGGAAUUUGUUCUGGUCUCUAGGAUGUAUCCAAGAGGAUUCCAAGCCAUGUGAAAAUUGCCCUGCUUUCUAGACGGUGGAAUGUGACCCUGCAACGUUAGAAGCACAAUCAUUUAUUAAUAAUUUUUUUAAAAAAUUCUAUCUACCCACGUUAAAGAAAUCCGGUUCUAGGAAUGAAAUAUGUCUCUAUAACCUAGAGUGUGCUCAAUUUUUGGAAACCUUAUUUUGGUGGUUUCCUUAAUACUUGUCUUGUGUAGGGCUUCUUCCCCCCAAAUCUUAGAGUCUCUUUCAAUGAAGACAGGUGGACACACUCUGGGAGCUGUUUUCUGGCCCUCUAGACUGUCUCAUCAGGAAACGCCUGCAGGUCCUGCGUCUGUCUGUAUGGCAUCCUCAGUUCCCCAGCCAUACAGGUGGGCUCCAGGGGCAGUUUUUUACAUGAAGCAAUAGAAGUACAAAAUACUUUUUUUUUUUCAAAAUUCAAUAAAAUCCAUCAAAUUUCUAUUAAAAUCUGUUGGCAAAUCCCUUCCCCGCCCCCAUCUAAAUUCUUUGGUUUUCACUGGCUUUGUUGGUUUUUUUUCUUUUUUGGCCUUGUAUCUGGAGGACUAAAGAAUAGCACAGACACAAUCUGAUGUGAAGUAAAAUAGCAAGUCACAAUAGGUGGUAGUGUCCCUCAUUUUCUGUGUUAGUGAGUUUUAAAAGAAUGUAUAAGAUAGUCAUGAAUGUACUGUGUUCUAAUCCUGCUUCAUUUCUCUUUGGCUGUGUCUACAUAACAAACAUUCGACAGGGAGUCAAGUCUUUGUGUCUAGUGUCAUGGGUGUUAGCAUGCCCCUCCUCAUUCAGUGUUGACCCUGAACCUUCUUUUAAGGGGGGAGGGGUACCAUAUCAACAGCAAUCAUCAACCAACCAAUGGGAUCUACUAGUGGUGAAUGGAUUAGCUGUUUAAAUGGUAAGAGUUACUGGCCUGACCACCACAGCAUGGCCACUGGGAGUCCUGUAGAGAUGGCCUCAGUUUCUGCCUUUCCUCCCAAAUAUUUGCUUCUUGCCUGAUUUGAGAGGGGGAUCUCAAGACCUCUGAUUGGAGGUCAUUGAGCUCUCACCCUGCCUGUUUAGAUAGAUCAUAUGAAUCUGGGUUAGAGGCCAAGGGGCUGCCACUGCCAUUUGGAAAUACUUGCCUCGUGUAGAUCCAGCCUUAAUGUUUUUCUGACAUCCUAGUGAUAGCAGAUCCUGCACAAAGUGGAUAUCAGAGUUAAUACUGUGAGAAGACAAAAUAAUGAGAAUAGUUUUACCAAAGAUAAUGAACUAUCACGUGAUGUUUGCAUUUUACCAUUGAUUUGAGUGCAUCCUUAGAAAACUGAAUGUAACAAAAACCCAGGACAUUUUCGGAAAUUGUAUGCUCUACAGCAAGUUUGUGUGAAUUUUUAUACAAGCACUGUUUUACGAGUUAUAUAAAAUGUUAUAAAAAUAGAAAAAAAAAUGUCUCGUAACAUCUUAUUUUCCUAAGGCAGGGAGGUCUUUCAGAACAUGUCUUGGUUUAUUGGUUUUUCCGUGUGGCCUCCUCACCCAUUCCCAGGGGAGGACAUGAACACUCGAGGGCACCCCAAACCCUCAGGCUUCCACACUCAAGGUGUCAGGGCCGCUGCUCACAGGAUUUCAGUUUGUUACAGCUGAAUGACUGAGAAGUCGCCAAAUAAAUCCUAACCCAUUUCUACCCCAACCGCUUCCUGGCCACACAGUGGGAGGUGCGUUUGACCUUUUGUUGUGUUUCCUCUUCCUUGGUGCCAGGCCCUUCCUCCCUGCUCCGAGCUGGCAGAGCUCGUUUCACUCCUCCCCUUUGGAUUAAAGCUAAUACGAACUGACAA